AUCGUAUAUAUACCGGUCAAGCCCGCAACACGACAGACCCGAGGCUUUUUUCGCUGUUUGCGUCGGUCGCCUACGUAUUUACAGGAGCACCCACUCCUGCAAAGAUUGUCACUUCGCACAAUCUUUGCUCGCUGCUGUCGCCUACAUAUCCACUCAAGCUCGCCCUCUCAGCUUGAGACCCAGUCAACAUGGCCAUUAUUAACCGACACUCGAAUUCGUCCUCGGACGGGGCGAACGCGGAAUAUGGCAAGACGGAAUAUGAGGCGGGUGUCACCGCAGCACCAGUGACCGCCGAUGGAGUCGUUGAGUACCAAGAUCACCAGCACUUGCACCGUGGUCUCAAGUCGCGCCAUAUCACUAUGAUUGCUAUCGGUGGUGCUAUCGGAACUGGUUUGAUUAUUGGUACAGGAAAGGCGCUGGCACAAUCUGGACCCGCCUCGAUUCUCAUCUCUUACACUUUCGUCGGUUUCCUCGUCUGGAUCGUCAUGAGCGGCCUCGGCGAGAUGGCAGCAUGGCUCCCACACGCAUCUGGUUUCUCUGGCUACGCGACCCGUUUCGUCGACCCCGCUCUUGGUUUUGCUCUUGGAUGGACCUACUGGUGCAAAUACAUCAUUACUACGCCAAAUCAGCUGACGGCGACUGCUUUGAUCAUUCAAUACUGGUGUCCACCCGACAAGGUGAAUCCGGGAGUGUUCAUCGCCGUGUUUUUGGUCGUCAUCAUAGCCAUCAACUACUUUGGUAUCCGCUUCUUUGGAGAGCUUGAAUUCUGGCUCAGUUCGGUCAAGGUUGUGGUCAUCAUUGGCGUUAUCUUCCUAUCCUUCCUCCUUGCUGUUGGAGCUGGCCCAGGACCCGCAACCGGAUUCAAGUACUGGAAGAACCCCGGAGCAUUUGCGCCGUACAUCCAGAAGGGCGAUGCGUCGGCAGGCAAGUUCUACGGCUUCUGGAGCUCUUUCGUUAACGCAGUGUUUGCCUAUCUCGGCACGGAGCUGAUCGGUGUGACCGUCGGAGAGGCCCAGAACCCUCGUAAGACCAUCCCCCGGGCCAUCAAGCUGACGUUCUACCGGAUCCUGUUCUUCUACGUCUUGAGCGUCUUCUUCCUGGGCAUGCUAAUUGCGUACAACGACCCCGCUCUUAUCAAGGCCAACUCGGCGAAGACCAGCGCAAAGGCGUCCCCGUUCGUCAUUGCCAUCGCAAACGCCAAUAUUCCGCAUCUCGCUGGUAUCGUGAACGGUUGCAUCCUGCUGUUCACCUUCAGCGCGUCGAACUCGGAUUUGUACAUUGCGUCCCGCACGAUCUUCGGUCUUGCCGAGCGUGGCCACGCACCCAAGAUCUUCAGGUGGACUGACAAGCGCGGUGUGCCCGUUCCCGCCCUCGCCAUCUCAGCACUCUUCUGCUGCAGCGCCUUCAUGAACGCCGCAAAGGACUCCACUGAAGUCUUCAGCUACUUUGUCAACUUGGUGUCUAUCUUCGGUCUCUGCGCCUGGAUCUCGCUCUUGGUCACCCACAUUUUCUUCGUCAAAGCCCGCAAGGCUCAAGGCAUCACGGACGCACAGAUGCCGUUUGUUGCGCCGUUGGGUAUCUGGGGCUCGUACUUCGCCCUCUUCUUCUGCGUCCUUAUUGCCUUGACCAAGAACUUCAACGUUUUCACUCGCUCUCCGAAAUACGGAAACUUUGACUACAAGAACUUCGUUACUGGGUAUCUCGCUAUUCCGGUGUACCUGAUCUGCAUUUUCGGCUACAAGUUCACCAUGAAGUCCCGGCGCGUCCGACCGCUCGAGGCGGACUUCUACACGGGCAAGGACGAGAUCGAUCGCGAGGAAGAGGCUUUCCUGGCCGCAAAGGCUGCGCGACCCGCCGGCAAGCAGAAUUGGUUCUACCGCACGUUUGUCUCGUGGUUGUUCUAGAGUGCAUGAUCUAUCCCGCUCGCUGGGUCGGUUUCUUCGGCAGACUCACCGCUUCCAUCUCCUGAGAAUUUGAGAGCUUGAACCUGAAGCCGUCCUACG